AUGAAUAGCACAGCAGCCCGGCACAACGAGUUUUUUGUCUUCAUUGGUCCACCCAUGACAGGCGACUGUGGCCUUGUGUCUGAUUGGAUAUCCCUGGGUGAGCAGGAUUCGCACAAUCUUAGUUUCUAUCAUAUCGGCUAUGUAUGCCGCAAUACCAUUAAGGGUGAGACCCUUGACCCCGAAGCCAGCGGUGAUGACGUUAUACCCAUCGGAGAUUUUGUUAUCUCCUACAGCACGGUGGUGAAUACGAGAAAGUAUCUGAAGUCUUUGAGUGCCCUGCUAUACAGAUAUCGCUGCAAGUACAUUGUUAUGUUUUAUGAGCUCAGUUGUGAUAUAAUGUACUGUGAGUUGUUCGCCAAUCAAUUGUCAGUCUUAUUGGUCGAUAGUGAAUACGAAAAUUUUGAAAUCAUCGAUGUGCAGCGCUUGCGGCCGGGGAGAACAAAGUUCUCAGUCCUCAGACUGGAAAAUAAAAAUUAUGAUGGUCCGUAUGCACCAUCUGAUUUUGUUGCUUUUUGA